UUUGUAUAAAAAGCUUGCGCAUGCAUGCAUUUAGCAUAAUCAUCAAAAGGAAAUAAAAGAAUCAGAGACAUGGCAGCAGCAAUUCCGGUGAUCAAGGUUGCAGCCCUCAGUGGGUCUCUGCGCAAAGCUUCCUUCAAUUCAGGCCUCAUCCGUUCUGCAAUUGGGCUGAGCAAGGAGUCGGUGACUGGUGUACAAAUUGAGCACGUAGACAUAUCCCAGUUGCCAUUGCUAAACACUGAUCUUAUUGUCAAUGGAACCUAUCCAACAGUUGUUGAAGCUUUUCGCCAACAAAUUCUCAACGCUGAUAGUGUUCUUUUUGCUUCUCCUGAGAACAAUUACUCUCUUACUGCACCUUUGAAGAAUGCCAUUGACUGGGCCUCUCUAGCCCCAAAUUGUUGGGGAGACAAAGCAGCCGCUGUUGUGAGUGCUGGAGGAGGCUUUGGUGGUGGGAGAUCACAGUACCAUCUUCGCCAAAUCGGAGUUUAUCUGGACCUUCAUUUCAUCAACAAACCUGAGUUUUUCUUGAAUGUAUUCCAACCUCCCGCAAAGUUUGAUGAUGAUGGAAACUUGAUUGAUGCUGAGGCUAAGCAGAGGUUGAAAGAAAUUCUCGUUGCCUUACGUGACUUCACUUUGCGACUUCAGAAGUAGAGGAUUAAACAAUCUUAUAUGCACACGAUAUAGAUUCUUGGAUUGUUAUAGUUUUGAAGAAAUAAAAUUGUUGUAAUGCAUUUUGUUUUCUUUACAUUUUGACUAGUACUUCUUAAGCAAUGGAAUAAAGUUUCUUUUCAGCUUAAA